AUGGGAGAUGUGCCUCCAGACAAGGUAUCUGACGGGACAGCCGCAUCAGAGUCGAAUGGCCCUGGACCUGAUGCAUCUGCUGCUGUAAUCGCGCGACCUUCAAAUGUCAGACAUCCUUCCGGCUUCACAGAGGCUCGAUAUGGAACUGCUACCUCGUUAAACAUGGGUAACAUGACCUACGUCCUCCCAGGUCAUCAAUAUGAUCAACCAAUGCAUCAAUACCCGGCACCUCAUGGGCAAGGCAUGGUGUAUCCCAUGCCAAUGGCUCCAUAUGGGCACAACUCCGGGACCAUGGCAUACGGUGUCCCUUACGCAGCUUAUCCGCCGUAUGCGAUACCCCAACCAACAGGAAUAACUCAACAUACAAAUCCCUACCAGUCAUAUGCAAGCCAACUGCCAAACACCAGUCCCAGUCCAGCAUCUCCCUAUGGGUCAGGGUACUACCCUCCUUCGCCAUAUGGUGCUCCCUAUGGCCAGGGAAUGCAUCCUGCCACUCAAGUGCCUCCGGCUGGGUCUGCAUUUCGCCGUACACAGACAGACUCACCAUCGAAACCGAACUCUUUACGCAGAGAAGCCGAGAAGCGGCCAACGAACUUGGAAUACGAUGUAUCCAAGACCAUUGUGGAUGGAUCGAACCCUAUGAGAGCGCCGCAGUCCCAAUCGCUUCCCUCUGAUAACAGUUCCCCUUCACAAUCCCACCCGACCGCGCCAAGUACGCCACGAGGACCACCGCGAAAGCCAAAACAAUCCGGCCACGCGCUCUGGGUUGGGAAUCUUCCCCCCGGUGCCAAUGUUAUGGAUCUCAAGGAUCACUUCUCCCAAGACGCAACGCACGAGAUCGAGAGUGUGUUUCUGAUUUCGAAAAGUAAUUGCGCUUUUGUGAAUUAUAAAUCGGCUGCCGCCUGUGUUGCAGCCUUGGAAAGAUUCCAUGACUCUCGAUUCCAUGGUGUGCGUGUUGUCUGCCGAUUGCGAAAGGGAUUCACUACCCCGGGUUCUGGAGCUGUAGGUAUCGCAAGUUUGAUGUUGAAUCGCAACCCCCGGCCACGGUCGGAGAACCUUGCUACGCCUACGGCAACGCCUACGAACCCGGACGAAGAACGUGCAGUUACGCCGGAGUCCAGCUCGGCCGCGCCUGCGACCGGGAACUAUCCACCCCCAGCCCGGUUGGUUGACCGGUAUUUCAUCGUCAAGAGCUUGACGGUGGAGGAUCUCGAACUCAGUAAGAAAAAUGGCAUCUGGGCCACGCAGCCACACAAUGAGGCGGCAAUGAAUCAGGCUUACGAAACCGCCGACUUCGUUUAUCUCAUCUUCUCCGCUAAUAAAUCGGGCGAAACUCGCCUUGGAGAUGCCCUUGCGGCCCGAACCUCCCCCGGCGGGCCCGACGAUCUCGACAUAACCCUAACCGCCGCAACCUCUACCGCGCCCCAGGGGCGAAUCAUCAACGACUCCGCACGAGGGACCAUAUUUUGGGAAGUUGAAUCUUCCGAAGACGAGGAGGGGGAUGCGCAUAGUGAGAAGAGUGUCGAGCCCGAGGAUCCAGAAGAGGAACAAACAUUUGGCAACCCAUUUCGCAUUCAAUGGAUUUCCACCGAACGGGUUCCCUUCCAUCGCACUCGUGGGCUACGUAACCCCUGGAAUGCGAAUCGGGAAAUCAAAAUUGCUCGUGAUGGCACCGAGAUUGAACCGACGAUCGGCCGCAAGUUGAUUCAGCUCUUCCAUUCGCCACAGCCCUCCAACACCUAA